AUGACGCAACCAGUGGUCGAACAAGCCUGGGAGGUUUGGUUGGUCCUCCGCUUGGCAGCUCUUGGAGGCAGUGUUUUGGGCUCCAGUUGGCUGCUGCGUGCUACCUGCAAGCAGCCGACAAUUUAUCUCUUCAAUUGCCAGCUUCGACACCUGGCUUUGGCGGAUUUAUGCCUGUCCUUGGUGGACCCGGGCUACGAGCUUGCUGUUUGGGCAAUCUGGCCUGUGGGAGCCGGCCUUCCGCCGCUUUUCAAUAUUUGCUGUCGUGGACUCUUCCAUGCGCUCCUCUGCGUGGUAUGCUUUGUGGAGGCUCAGAUCGCCGCCGGAGUCCUUGGCAGCGCGCUGCAUAGCCAGCGGUGCUUCAGUCUUUUGGCCAAGCUUCUGGCUUUCGCGUGGCCGGCAGCAGCUGCCGUUGGCGCCGUGGAUGCCGUGGCCAUGCACCUGCACACAGAAGGCCAAAGAGCCUUCGGCUUCACCAAAGUGCUCGAAGUCGUUCUGUUCACGAACUUUCUGCUCACGCUGUUAAUGUAUCUGACGUCCUUGGUGGCAGUCAUGCGCACACCGUCACCGAGCGCAGUCGUGAGGCGCGCAUCCUUGCGUGCCUUGGCCUAUCCGUGUGGCUUCCUAAUCACGGCGUUUCCAGACUGGCUGCUAUACAUCCGCGUCAUCCCGGAAAACUUGUGGAGUGGCCGGCUUGCGACCUUGGCCAUGUACAGCAACGGCUGGGUGAACGCCGCCGUCUACGGCUGCCAGAAUCGUCUUUGCAGCCCGGGGAGCCGGCGCACAACGCCAGGGCUCGCUUUGCAGGGGCGGCGUGGCUCUUCGCCUUCUUCACCCUUGCCUUUGCUACCGUCCUUCCACGUCGGCUUCCGUGUGGGUGACUCCCGCUCCUUCUUGCAAACGGUCUCUUCUGAAGAUCCUUUCGCGGAGGAGGAGACUGGAACUGCAAAGGAGCCCGGCAUGGCGGACUCUGCGGAGGCCGCGAGUGACCCGACGCCUGCAUGCGCCAGAGCUGCAUGA